CAUCAUUGUGAACAGCUGUUUUGUGAUUCCAUUCUAGCAGGUCACAGUCUGUGCCGGUUUUCACUCAUAAAUUUUAUAUUUUUCUUGAUUAAAAAGUGUCAAAAUUAUUACAUAAAUAUAACGAAACUUAAUAAAAGUAUCACCAUGGAGCCAGUUUGCGAAGCAGACGCGGCCGACAAUCUGUUAAAAUUAAUAAGGCAGCUGAUAGUUGAAGAGGCCUACGAUGGAGUAAAAAUGCUUUUCUACGGGCCCGAUCCCAGCAAAUGCGCCAAAAACUUGCACCUCAUGCCUGCCAUCGCAAUGGACAUUUACAAUGAAAUAUGCUUUCCCAGUCUUAAUGAUGAAAUUAAUAGCGAUGACCCAGAACUGUUUGAUUGUAGCAAUGAGUUGCUCAAAUUGCUUGCCGACUACGCCCCGCUGGAGGACCUCAUGUUGGAGCUGAUGGAGAGAAUAGAAGAGAGCAGAAGCCAGGCUGUCUUUUCGGCUUACAUACGUGCGCUGCAAGUAGUGCUGUUACGUCAUGGCAACCAGAAACCUCAGGCCCUAGAGUGGUGUUUAAAUUCAGUGUUUACGCGCUUGCAAGAACUGCCGCUGCCCGCUUAUCUGAGUGAGGGAUAUGAUGCUGACCAAGCUCGCCUCCUCGAACAGGAUCCGAAGGUGGAAGAUUUGCUGGCGCAUUACAUCACAGUAGAGCUUUUCCUCGAGCCCCUUCUAACGGAUGUUGCUGUAAAAGAUGUGCCCACAGGCGCAUGCCAAACAUUUCGAGACUGCAGCAUGAGCAGGCGGAACAUAUUAACAUGCUUUUUGAUUCAAUUACUGGGCAAACCACUAGCACUGCUAGAACUUAGCUACGUCAAAAAGGACAUGACCGUCUCGUAUGUGCAGCAAAUUGUGAAGAGCCUAACAGAACACGUUACGCAGUGCAUAGGAGAUCCCUAUUAUCUGCUAGGUUUGGUAGAAAAACGGGCGCGCUGGCAGCGAAAACUCGACGCUGCUAAGGGAGUCUUCGAGAUGAGCAGCCAGAAUGUAUUUCUCAUUGAAGAGAAGUUGCCGCUUCACGCUCUUGGCAUGUACUAUCACGCGCUCUUUGUGGGCAACCUGUUGCCCCCUAACGCACCCAAAGUAUACUCAUCACUUUUCCUGUUGGAAGCGGGCAUUUAUCUGGGGGCCGUACUAUUGGAGCAGACCGAGCCCCCGCUUCAGUUCUCCGGCCUACGUCUCAUCGAACAUCUAGUGAGCGAAUUAACUGUUGAAAUACCAGAGGCAUCCCUCCAGAUGGAGGUGCACAAGCGCUUCUGUAUGGCUCUGUGCAGUAUCGUUGGUUACUCGCCGCAAGUGCCUCUACGCCAGCUGGGAUUAUGUGUUCUCCGCGACUAUAUAUUAAGCUUUGGGCACUCUGGCAAGUAUUUCAUAAUAAAGAAUUUACUGGAGACACUUCAACACGACGGAUUAAUGGGCUACCUGAGUAGUAUGUACAAGGAUCUGGUGAACCAGGCAUUGAACCAAAAUGAAACGCUGCCAGAGGUCUAUCAUGGAGCACAGUUCCGGAGCAUGCUACUAUUAAGCGUGUGUUGUCUGCCGAACGACGUGAAAUCGGAUCUCCUAAUGAAUGCCGACCGUUUAAACAGUGCUCUAAAUAUUGUACGAUACUUUGCGCUGAGGGACACGCUUAAUCAUACAGGGUUCUGGAAUGUGAUGCCCGAAAUUGAGAUAAAACUGUUGCAGCCACUGGGGAAGGCUCUAGAUUUCUCCCUCGCACACUACAAAGCGUACAAGGAUCGCGUGGUGAACGGUCAAAGUGCUUCGGAUGAUGCUAUGAUAAAGGAACAAUUAAAUAUGCUCUCCAUGAAAAUAACAAACAGUGGCGUAGCGGGCGAGGGCGAUAGCACAAUGCCCGACAUUGGACAGAAACAGAAACUUGAAGUUCUCGGCAGCUCCAUAACCAGCCUCGAACAGCUACUCUAUUUAUAUUUGCGUACCAAUGAGUGCCUGGAGCAGAGUAGCCGCAAACGAAAGCAAACGGAGGUCUAAGAAAUUAGGUUACUCAUCUAAUAUACAUAUGUAUGCUUGUUUACUGCCAUAAGCAAAAAUUGUAAUCGUAGGGUAGAGAAUACAUCUUUACUAAAAUACAAAAAAGUUCUACAUAUUAUAAGUAGAAUGACUAACGA